AUGACCAUUUCCUAUACUGGAGAUAUUUGUUCUACUCGUUAUUGGAGUUUUUUACGAGUUAUAUUCCGUUGGAGAGGGUCUAUUUGGAAGUCUGUAUUGACCGAACUAUUUAUUUGGUUGACUCUAUAUUAUUUAAUUAUGGCUAUUUAUGCUACUUUACUUGAUGAUAAAAGCAAAAACAAUUUUGCUCAUCUGGCACAAUAUACAGGAAUUACUGCUGAUUACAUCCCUCUAACUUUUAUGCUUGGAUUUUUUGUAAAAAUUGUUGUUGAAAGGUGGAAUAAUAUGUUUGCGAACAUUGGUGUUGCCCACGCAGUUUGUUCCGUUGUUAGAGGCAAUGAUUUAAAAACAACAAAAACAAGGCGGAAUAUUAUGCGUUAUUUGUGCCUUAUGCAAGUUUGUUUUAAUGCUUAUACAAAAACAAGUUUUAAGGUUUUGGUACUUAGAGAUAUAAGUGUGAGAGUGAGGAAGCGUUUUCCUACUAUGCAAACAUUAAUUAGUGCUGGCUAUCAAUAUAAUGAACAAUUUGGUAUUUAUUGGUUACCUUAUAAUUGGAUCUGUCAACUUUGUUAUCGUUUGCGGGAAAAUGGAAAUAUUGCAUCUGAUCCUCUUUUGUCCUUUGUUCUUCGAGAAUUGAGAGAAUAUAGGGAAAGAUUGCAGACUCUCAUUAAUUUUGAUUUAGUCCCAAUUCCGCUAGCUUAUCCUCAAGUAGUGUUUAUUGCAGUGCGCACUUAUUUUUUAAUUUGCCUGUUCUCUAGGCAGAAAAUUGAAACAACCACAAACAAUGGAGAAAUGUUUUUCCCAGUGAUGACAGUUUUACAGUUUAUAUUUUAUAUGGGUUGGACAAAAGUUGCUGAAGCGCUUCUCAACCCUCUGGGAGAGGAUGAUGAUGAUUUUGAAACUUUGUUUGUAAUUGAGAGAAACAUUGUUAUUUCUUCUCUUCUUGCUGACAAAUGUUUUAAUCAAAUACCCGAACAAUGUUUGGAAGAAAUAGAGGAGAAAAAUGUUCAUAAACACCCCUCAUUAAUUAAUAAAAAUAUUAAUGAAAACAAUAAUGUUUUGAUUGGUUCUGCUGUUCGAGUAAUGAUGACUAGUGAAAGGAGGGCGUUUAAUAAAUGGAUGGAAAGUUGGAAAUUGUUUCCAAGGAGGCGUAGACAGGAGACUAAAAUAGAGGAAAGAGUGUGUGAGGAAACAAUGCCGCUUGACUUGGAAAAAUAAAAAUUUUUUGUCAAAAAUAGUUUAAA